CACCACAUAAGUAAUCCGCAGCAGUUACGCAUUAAGCUAAUCGACAAUGGCUGACGGCGCUCUUUGGGGCAUUGGAAUUAAUCUCUGUGAGAAGAAUCUCUCCGUCAGCCUGUGCCAAAACGGCAAUUUCAAGCUUCUCCGUCGCAUCCCAUCUAUUCUGAUAUGUCCGGGUGGCACCAUAGUUGAUCCGAUGAAAUUAAUUGGGCGGAAUUAUGAUUCGAUCAAGAAAUACGCCGAGGAGGCCGGGAUUGAACUAUUCCGGCAGAGGGAGGGCCACCGUGUUGAAAUAGGGUUCAAGAAUGAGGACAACAAAGAAGUAUUCUUCCUCCCAGAAGGCUUGCUCGGGAUGCUUCUCCGGGAAUUGAAGGCUGCUGCCGUAGAAUCUUUGCCAUCCCAGGUUCAAGAAGCCGUUUUCUGUAUCCCGGCGCAUUUCAAUUCAUUCCGCCGCCAAGCGGUGGUGGAUGCAGCUGGCAUUGCCGGAAUGCGCAUAACCGCUUUCUUGAGUGACCACUCCGCCAUUGCGCUCACUAGUUAUAUCCGCUACAAGGAGACGUUGCCCCGUGGAGGAAUCAACGUCUUGGCUAUGCACAACUGCAAGUAUCUGACUUUAUCUGUCAUCACUCUAGUCAGAAGUCGAAAAAAAAAUGAGUUCGUAGUACAGAGCCUCUGUGCCCUUGAUGAGGGUUCUCUCUUGAACCUAAAGAACUCAAGAGAAGGUUAUGCUCCUGUGAUUAACAGGGUUUUGGACGAUUCCGCCAAAUAUAUUUCUGAGAUUUACACUACGUUAUUUCUUGGGGCUCGGAGGGUCGGUGAUUCGGUUUCUGAGAACCACCCUGAUACUCUGCUUUUGGGGAACGAUACUUUAGAUUUCGGUGCAGCCUGGAGGGCUGCGUCUCUGCGUCGUGGGUCAGGGAUGGAAACCUUGAACAUAUUUGAUGUUUUGCCGUCUGGUAUCGGAGUUACAGAGAAGGGUGGCACAAGAAUUGAAGUUUUCAGUGGGAACCAACGUAUCCCUUGUAAGCAAACUCUGGAAUUCAUACCUGAAUUGAACCACGGUUUAUUAAUGGUGAAUGAAGAGGCGUUCAAAAUACCUAGUGAUGUUGUUACGAGUAGAGUCCAUGUUUGUUUUGAAGUGGACAAGAAUGGCAUCUUAUUUCUCAACCUGAUGGGGCCAAGGGGAGAAGCUUCUAUGCUUUCUGGAAAACUUUGUAGAAGACAGAUUGAGGAACUGUCUAAAGCUCAUCUGGAAAUGGCUGCUACGUAUUUUGAUACACAGGUUCCCAAACAGCUUAAGUUGGAUCCUCCUUGGGUGAACUCACAUGUGGGUAAUGAUGAGCCUUCUGAAGAGCACAAGGUCAACACAGAAGGUGCUGAAUGCUGAUGCCUCUAACAAAGCGAGCACUUGAAACAGUGAGUCCACUUUGAUGAUUGUAUGUCAAGUUUGUGCUUUCUCUCUUCUGAUUGCUGCAAUUUUCUUCACAUUACAGCUUAUUGUACAAGAGAAUCUUGUCAGUUUAACUUGUAGUAGUGUUUCUAAGCACAUAUCCCAUAGUUAGAAAUUUAGAUGGGUACUAAAAUUCUUUUGUGCCUCUUGGUUGUUAUUGGUUGUAGUAGCUGUGAACUGAUUCUUUGUAUGGAAUACCAACAAAAUAUCAUUCUAAAGAUCUUGAGC